AUGACAUCGGAAGCAACGUUUCAAGAGAACAAAAUGAAAACGAUCCAUUGGGCCAUUUACAUUACGGACAUGGAAUCGGUGGAUAAAGUGGUCAAAUUUGGUGAAGUUAUGGUUGGUGGUGUUUGCCAAGAAGAGAACGAAGAAGCUGGUUGUACAAUGAAGGAUAUUGGUACAGUGAUGAAGGUCAAGAGGGCUUACUAUUCGGAUUAUUACCAAGAACGUUGUACGGACACCAAGGACAUAGCGUUUCUCGAGUUGGAGAACGAUAUUCCGGAACACAUUAAUCAUAUUUGCCUGCCCCACCUUCACAACGUAGACGAGAUGGACAUUGAGUCGAGUAAACUUAUCGCAGCCGGAUGGGGAUCUAAUCCGCGCAAGAAACUUGUCUCCUCUCCACGAUUGCAGAAGAUCGAGCUAGGAAAAAGAAUAAGUGAUGCAGAAUGCGCAUAUAAUGUGCCCGAAAAACAAAUGGACACAUUCUGUACACUUGACUUUCCCGACAAGAAUGUCUGUGUGGUGAGUUUUUGA